AUGCCGUCACCAACAUUUGCGCAACCCACUUCAAAAGCCAAUGCUAACAAUGAAUUAGUGUUCGAAGUGUUAGUUCCACCCUCUCCUACCGAGACGGCUACUCACCAACCGACCGCCGAUCUUCCUUUGCUUGUGGGAGAGAGUCCAUUGCCUUCUCCAACAUACGACUCUGAUGAAUCUACUUACUAA